AUGGCGAUCAGCAACAAUGACAUGUACAAAGAACCUAAAGAUCAAGAAACCAAGUGGCAUGCUGAUGUUAAUUUAGACAAUCACAAUGAACCAAUUAAUCCUCCUAUUGAUGGUACUCAAUCAAUGUUUGGCGAAGUCCCAGGAAGAGAAAAGGGAAAAUCAAAAUCUGUAUCUUUUGCUCUAUCGGAUGCUUCUGGGAUAGCUAGCCCUAUAGAUACCAAUUCUGAGAUGGGUAACAUCGGCGAUUCCUGUAGUGACAAAUUGACUGAUGAAAAUUUAAGUAACUCAUCUCGUCAUAUCGCUGAAAAGCAUUCUAUUACCAAGGACCAAUAUUCAAAUGAGCAGGACCAUGAGCGGGAGCCACUAGAUCAUGCUGUUCAACAACAACCAAAGUCAGAUGUUGGAGAAAGAGCAUCAUCUAUGAAACGACGUUGCAAGAAAAAGGUGCAAAAAGUUGGGACACCUAAUCACACUGUUGAUGAUUAUUUUGGUGAAGACUGUGUUGAACCUUCAUUAGCUGAAGAAGAUAACGAUACUGGUGAUCAUUACACUACUGGUAAUAAGCAUAAGGCUAGGAAAAAGUCAAGGGGUGGUGUAGAAGAGUCACAGCAACAGAAAGUUCAAAAAAAUAAAAGCAAGGUGUCUUCACGGGGCCGCAAACGGACCUUGAAGGAUGAAUCGACAGAGAAGCCUGAGAAGAAGCUAACCCAAAGAAUACGUCAGAGGAUACCAAAAGAGGUUAAGGCUUUACUGGAAACACCUCGUGAGCAGAUAAAACCCAUGAAGCUUUGUGCAUCACAUCUCAGGUUGUUACAAGAAGCUAGAGAGCGUGUUGAUCCAAAAGGGAUUCCAUCCGGGCCAUCCUCUAAUACAAGAAACUUUCAACUAGAUGAUAUGGAUGAUUUGGGCUACAGAGAUGAGGAAGCUAGGUUCUUUGACAACGAUAUAACAGAGGAGCAUGUACAAAAUGCAACAAAAUUGAACUACCAUUCCUACAUGGCUACAUGAACAAACCAGCCCGGGGAAAAUGGUCAAAAUCAGAUACCGAAUUCUUUU